AUGUUGAAGCCAUCAUUGCCACUCAGACUCUUUUUAUUCCUGCAGCUGCCUCUGCUGGGGGUAGGGCUGAACCUGAUAGCCCUCACACCCAAUGGGACUGAAGACAUCACAGUCGAUUUCUUUCUGACCUCUCUGUCCCCUGGAUCCCUCAGUGUUUCUACCCUGCCCCUUCCAGAGGUUCAGUGUUUUGUGUUCAAUGUCGAGUACAUGAAUUGCACUUGGAACAGCAGCUCUGAGCCCCAGCCUACCAACCUGACUCUGCACUAUUGGUACAAGAACUCUGAUAAUGAUCAAGCCCAAGAAUGUGGACACUAUCUAUUCUCUGAAGAGAUCACUUCUGGCUGUUGGAUUCAGAAAGAGGAGAUCCAUCUCUACCAAACAUUUGUUGUCCAGCUCCAGGACCCAAGGGAAUCCAAGAGGCAGGCUGUGAAGACACUAAAACUGCAGGAUCUGGUAAUCCCCUGGGCUCCAGAAAAUCUAACACUUCACAACCUGGGUGAAUCCCAGCUGGAGCUGAGAUGGCACAACAGAUACUUGGACCAUUGUUUGGAACAUCUGGUGCAGUACCGGAGUGACCGGGACCACAGCUGGACUGAACAAUCAGUGGCCCACAGACAUAGUUUCACUUUGCCUAGCGUGGAUGGGCAGAAACUCUACACGUUUCGUGUUCGGAGCCGCUAUAACCCACUCUGUGGCAGUGCUCAGCAUUGGAGUGAAUGGAGCCACCCAAUUCACUGGGGGAGCAAUACAUCACAGGAAAAUCUUUGGCUGUUUGUAUUGGAAACUGUGCUUAUUCCCCUUGGCUCCAUGGGUUUCAUUAUUAGCCUCAUCUUUGUGUACUGCUGGCUGGAAAGGACAAUGCCCCGAAUUCCUACCCUCAAGAACCUGGAGGACCUAGUUACUGAAUACCAGGGGAAUUUUUCGGCCUGGAGUGGUGUGUCUAAGGGACUGGCCGAGAGUCUGCAGCCAGACUACAGUGAACGGCUCUGCCACGUCAGUGAAAUUCCCUCAAAAGGAGGAGCCCUAGGAGAGGGGCCUGGAGGCUCCUCCAGCAGCCAGCUUGCCCCUAUUGACCUCCCCCCCUGUUACACAUUGAAUCCUGACUCCUGA